AUGGCUCCCUCUGCUACCUCCCCGGUACCGGCUCUCGAGAAAGAAGACCACGACCGCGAUGCUGCUUUCAACAAGGCGCUCCAUGGUAAAUCAGCCGAUGCUGCUGGUGGCUUAAUGGCAAUGCGCUCCAAAGAUAAAGCGGCCCAGAAAGCUGCCGUCGACGAGUACUUUAAACACUGGGACAACAAAUCCGCAGCCACCGAGACUGAAGAAACUCGCAAGGCACGAAGAGAUGAAUAUGCUACCUUGACAAGACACUACUACAACCUUGCCACUGAUCUGUACGAAUACGGUUGGGGCACUUCAUUCCAUUUCUGUCGCUUUGCCGCAGGAGAGUCCUUCUACAAGGCCAUUGCCCGGCAUGAACAUUAUCUCGCCCUCAAAAUGGGUAUGCAAGAGAACUGGCGGGUCCUGGAUGUGGGCUGCGGUGUGGGCGGACCUGCUCGUGAAAUGAUCAAGUUCACGGGAGCCAACGUCGUGGGACUGAACAAUAACGACUAUCAAAUUGAACGGUCGCUACGAUAUGCAAAGAAGGAGGGCCUCGGCGAUAAGUUCUCUGCGGUCAAAGGUGAUUUCAUGCAAAUGUCCUUUCCGGAGAACAGCUUUGAUGCUGUGUACGCCAUCGAAGCCACGGUCCACGCCCCGAGCUUGCAGGGAGUGUAUGAGCAGAUUUUCCGGGUGCUGAAGCCUGGUGGUGUCUUUGGAGUGUAUGAGUGGCUUAUGACCGACAACUACGAUAACGACAAUCCCGAGCACCGCGAGAUCCGACUGGGUAUCGAACAGGGCGACGGGAUUUCCAACAUGGUCAAAGUCUCAGAGGGGUUGGCCGCCAUUAAGGCCGCCGGUUUCGAGCUGGAGCAUCACGAAGAUCUCGCCGAGAGACCGGACGCAAUCCCCUGGUACUAUCCGCUCGCCGGCGAGUUCAAAUACAUGGGUAGCAUUGGAGACAUUUUCACGAUAGGGCGCAUGACGUGGUGGGGACGAGGGCUGAUCCAUAAGUUCAUUGGGGUUGGCGAGACCUUGAGAGUGAUGCCUCCUGGCACGCAAAAGACGGCCGACAGCCUGGCACUAGCGGCUGACUGUCUGGUUGCCGGUGGGAGGAAGAAGCUGUUUACCCCAAUGUACUUGAUGAUUGCGCGAAAACCCAAAGCUUGA